AUGGAAGACAGUGUAUUACCUCCCAACAGUCUGGAAGGCAGGAUUAUGGAGACAAUGUACAAGGCUUUUUGGGAUCAUCUGAAAGUCCAGCUAUCAAGUACUCCAGCUGACUUCACUUCUGCACUUGAACUCCUAAAAGAAGUUAAGGAGAUAUUGCUAUCACUGCUAUUACCACGCCAGAACAGCCUAAGAGAUGAGAUUGAAGAAGCUCUGGACAUAGAUCUCCUCAAGCAGGAAGCAGAGCAUGGGGCCCUGGAUUUACUGAGGGGCAUUUUCCAUGUUCUGAGCCUGAUGAAAAUGGACAUGGUGAACUAUACUAUACAGAGCCUCCGACCCUACCUGAAGGAACAUUCUAUCCUGUAUGAACGAGCUAAAUUCCAGGAACUCCUCAACAAGCAACCCAAUCUCCUUGAUUGCACCACAAAAUGGCUAACCAAAACAGCUCUAGACCUCACUACACCACCUUCAAGUUCUCCUGACUCUCCCAGCUCCUCCAUCGUGGCCCGUUCAUCUCCAAAUUGGGCAGUGGACAACCCACAACUUCCCAGUUCCACAAUGGUGCUAUACCAGGGUUACCUGAACCUUCUUCUCUGGGAUCUUGACAGUAAAGAGUUUCCCGAGACUCUGCUAAUGGAUAGAAUCCGGCUGCGAGACAUGGAAUCCCAGUUGAAGCAGUUGGCCAUUCUGGCCUCAGUCUUGCUAGUGGCCAGAAGUUUCUCUGGUAGUGCUUUAUUCAGUUUGACUGAAUUUGUGAAUAAACUGAAACACAUAACCAAGGCCCUGAUGGAGGAAUUUAACUCCAGGCCUGAAGAGGCUAUGGUGAGUGUGAGUGAACAAGUGUCUCAGAAAAUCCAUGAACGCCUCAAAGACAUGGGCCUAACUGCCCUGACUAGUGAAAAGAAAGCCUCUCUUAGAGGCCAACUUCAGAACAUUGCCAAGAAAGAGAACUGUGUUCGUAGCAUCAUUGAUCAGCGGAUCCACUUGUUUCUCAAAGGCUGUUUGGUUCGCGGGAUGCAGGAGUCUCUGCUAGACUUCCCUGUUGGCCUUAUUCUCAUCAAGCGGGAGUUGACAAAACUGGGUUGGAAGUUUUUCAAUCUGAUGCGUCACAAUCAGCAGGUAUUUAGCCCCUAUUAUGAUGAAAUCCUUAAAGAUAUCAUCCCUUCAGCUCAGGCACAAGAAACAGAAGUGGAAUCUGAUAGUGCCAGACCCCAGUCUGGCAAUAGAGACCCAGGAGAGAGGGCUAAAAUCAUCCUUCUGUCAGGAAGAAUGUCGCCCAGCGCCUCUCCUUGCCCUCUGCGCCUCGGGCCUCCUUUCCGUCGGUCCAGCUCUUUCUUGCCCUCCCGGCGUGUGGCCCUUCUCGCUUGUGACCCGCUGCUCAUUGGAGUUUCCCUUCUGCCCUCGGUGGCUGGGACGGUGCCUGAGACCUGGGCGGCGGUCGACCAGCACCCAGAGAUCCCGAGUCACGGGCCCAUAGCACCUAAGCCUGAAGCCUGCGUGCCCCCGGCGGUCGCGGAUGGAGCAUGGUGGUCCAAGUCCGGCGGCAGCCAAGGGGCGCUCAGUCUCCGCUUUGCUGCCUCGCUUUUCGAAGGCGACUCCCGCCCCGCGUCCCGCGACGUAGUCUCUGGCGUGUCUCUCCCGCCCGACCUCACUGCCACAUCCUUCGAGGUUAGGUCCGAGGGUUCCGUGGGGCCGAGCACCCCCACGGUCCUUCGUCUCCGUGGCCAGUUACGACACCUUCUCCCCCCCCCCCCCCCGCCGCUUGUGACCCACCAGCGCGUAGCCUCCUGCGCAUCUGGCACAGAGCCUCAGGGCUACGCGGCGUGGCUGAGGCUGCUCCCCUGCGGGGGUGGCUUGCCUGCCUGUAGCCCAGCGCCUCUCCUCGCCCUCUGCGCCUCCGGCCUCUCCUCCAUCAGCUAG